AUGGUGUUUGAUGACAAGACCACGGAGCACCAGGCACUGUUCCCAUAUGUCACUGCGCAAAGUCCUGCUUCCUGGAUGGCCAUAUGGGUGUCUGGUGCAUCUCUACACUGGCCCCAGGUUCAGUGCCAGUGUGGCCUCUUUUGGGUCCUGCCACCUCCUCUAACACCAUCCUGUCCUCUUCCUUCCCAGCCCAUGGGCAUCUUCUCCAUCUUGGAGGAACAGUGCGUCUUCCCCAAAGCCACUGAUGCCACAUUCAAGGCAGCCCUGUACGACAACCACCUGGGCAAGUCCAGCAACUUCCUGAAGCCCAAGGGAGGCAAGGGCAAGGGGCCCGAGGCCCACUUCGAGCUCGUUCACUAUGCAGGCACUGUGAGUACUAGCCGCAGGGUCCCUCCGUGUUUUGGGUCCCAGCUGGCUGCCGUCACUGCCGCUAUUGGGCAUCGCAGGACACCAGGCAAGUCAGCAGGACAAGAACUGGAGCCCCAAGAAAUGGGGCUGAAAGUGGGGUAUAACAUCACGGGCUGGCUGGAGAAGAACAAAGACCCCCUGAAUGAAACAGUGGUGGGUUUGUUCCAGAAAUCAACUGUGGCAAUCCUAGCCCUUCUCUUCAAAGAAGAGGAGGCUCCAGCCGGAGGCAAGAAACAGAAGAGAGGCUCCACCUUCAUGACAGUCUCCAACUUCUACAGGGAGCAGCUGAACAAGCUGAUGACCACCCUCCAUAGCACUGCACCCCAUUUUGUCCGCUGCAUUGUGCCCAAUGAGUUUAAGCAGUCGGGUGUGGUAGAUGCCCACCUGAUCAUGCACCAGCUAGCUUGCAAUGGUGUCCUGGAAGGCAUCCGUAUCUGCAGGAAGGGCUUCCCAAACAGGCUGCAGUACCCGGAGUUCAAGCAGAGGUACCAAGUGCUGAACCCCAACGUGAUUCCCCAGGGGUUUGUGGACAACAAGAAGGCCUCAGAGCUGCUGCUUGCAGCCAUUGAACUGGAUGUGAAUGAAUACAAAAUUGGACAUACCAAGGUGUUCUUCCGUGCAGGCAUCCUGGCAAAGCUUGAGGACAUGAGGGACGAGCGUCUGGCCAAGAUCAUGACGAUGCUGCAGUGUCGGCUCCGGGGCUUCCUCAUGAGGGUGGAGUUCAAGAAGAUGCUGGAACGAAGAAUGGGCCUGAAAGUCAUUCAGCGGAAUGUGCGCAAGUUCCUGCAGCUUCGUUUCUGGGGAUGGUGGAAGCUGUACAACAAGGUCAAGCCGCUCCUGAAUGUGGCGCGGCAAGAGGAGGAGAUGAAGGCCAAGGAGGAGGAGCUCAGGAGUGCCAUGGCCAAGACCCAGGAGCUGAUAAACAAGGUCAAGGAACUGGAGGAGAAGAUGGCCACACUCAGCCAGGAGAAGAACGACCUCACCAUCCAGCUGCAGGCUGAGCAAGAGAACCUGAUGGAUGCAGAGGAGCGCCUGACACAGUUAAUGAAGACCAAGAUGGAGCUGGAGAGCCAGAUCUCGGACAUGCGGGAGCGGCUGGAGGAAGAAGAGGGCACAGCCGCCUCGCUGAGCGCCGCCAAGCGCAAGCUGGAGGGGGAGCUGAGCGACCUGAAGCGGGACCUGGAGGGCCUGGAAACCACGCUGGCCAAGACAGAGAAGGAGAAGCAGGCCCUGGAUCACAAGGUCCGUACCCUGACUGGGGAUCUCUCACUCCGUGAAGACUCCAUCGCCAAGCUCCAGAAGGAGAAGAGGGCCCUGGAGGAGUUGCACCAGAAAACCCUAGACGACCUGCAGGCUGAGGAGGACAAGGUGAACCACCUGACCAAGAGUAACAGCAAGCUGAACACGCAGAUCCAUGAGCUGGAGGAUAACUGGGAGCAGGAAAAGAAAAUCCGGGCAGAGGUGGAAAAGGCUCGUCGGAAAGCUGAGAGCGACCUGAAGAUGACCAUCGACAACCUCAAUGAGAUGGAGCGUUCCAAACUGGAUCUUGAGGAGGUGGUGAAAAAGAGAGAUUUGGAAAUAAACUCUGUCAACUCGAAAUAUGAGGAUGAGCAGUCUCUGAAUUCCACGCUGCAGCGGAAACUGAAGGAGCACCAGGCCCGAAUUGAAGAGCUGGAAGAAGAACUAGAAGCCGAGAGGGCCAUGAGAGCCAAGGUGGAGAAACAACGCAGUGAUCUGUCCCGGGACCUCGAAGACCUCAGUGACAGGCUGGAAGAAGCUGGUGGAGCCACAUCUGCUCAGAUCGAGCAGAACCGCAAGAGGGAGGCUGAGCUGCUAAAGCUGCGGCGGGAGCUGGAAGAGGCUGCCCUGCAGAGCGAGGCAACAGCCUCCACGCUGCGCAAGAAGCACAUGGACUCGAUGGCCGAGUUAACGGAGCAUGUGGAGAACCUGCAGAGGGUCAAGUCCAAGCUGGAGAAGGAUAAACAGGUCAUGAAGGCUGAGAUCGAUGACCUCAAUGCCAGUGUGGAGACCAUGCAGAAGUCCAAGAUGAACGCCGAGGCCCACGUCAGAAAGCUGGAAGACAGCUUAUCAGAAGCCAACGCCAAGGUGGCAGAGCUAGAGCGAAACCAAGCAGAAAUCAAUGCCAUUAGGACCCGCCUCCAAGCUGAAAAUAGCGAACUGAGCAGGGAAUAUGAAGAAUCCCAGAGCAGGCUCAAUCAAAUCCUAAGGAUAAAGACAUCUCUGACAUCACAAGUGGAUGAUUAUAAGAGGCAGCUAGAUGAAGAGUCAAAGUCUCGCAGCACCGCCGUGGUGAGCCUGGCCAACACCAAGCAUGACCUGGACCUGCUGAAGGAGCAGCUGGAGGAGGAGCAGGGAGGCAAGUCGGAGCUACAGCGCCUCGUGUCCAAACUCAACACCGAGGUCACCACCUGGAGGACCAAGUAUGAGACCGAUGCCAUCCAGAGGACAGAGGAGCUGGAGGAGACCAAGAGGAAACUGGCCGCCAGACUUCAGGAGGCAGAAGAAGCAGCUGAAACUGCCCAGGCCCGGGCUGCCUCCCUCGAGAAAAAUAAACAGAGACUCCAGGCAGAAGUUGAGGACCUCACCAUCGACUUGGAGAAGGCCAAUGCUGCAGCCGCUGCCCUGGACAAGAAGCAGAGGCUCUUUGACAAGAUGCUGGCCGAGUGGCAGCAGAAGUGUGAGGAGUUGCAGGUGGAAGUGGACAGCUCGCAGAAGGAAUGCCGCAUGUACAUGACAGAGAGCUUCAAGAUCAAGACGGCCUACGAGGAGUCUCUGGAGCAUCUAGAGUCAGUGAAGAAGGAGAAUAAGACCCUGCAGGAGGAGAUAAAGGAUCUCAUUGAUCAGCUGGGUGAGGGAGGAAGGAGUGUGCAUGAGCUGCAGAAGUUGAAGAAAAAAUUGGAGAUGGAAAAGGAAGAACUCCAGGUGGCGCUGGAAGAAGCUGAGUCUUCCCUGGAGGUUGAAGAGAGCAAGGUGAUUCGAAUUCAGUUGGAACUGGCUCAAGUUAAAGCUGACAUUGACCGGAGAAUCCAUGAGAAAGAAGAAGAAUUUGAGGCUACCAGGAAAAACCACCAGCGGGCAAUUGAGUCCUUGCAGGCCAGCCUGGAGGCAGAGGCCAAGGGCCGGGCAGAGGCACUUCGGCUCAAGAAGAAGAUGGAGACGGACCUGAAUGAGAUGGAAAUCCAACUGGACCACGCCAACAAGAACAACAGCGAACUUGUAAAGACACUGAAAAGGCUGCAACAGCAAAUCAAGGACUUGCAGGUCCAGAUGGACGAGGAUGCCAGGCAGCACGAGGAGCUGCGGGAGCAGUACAACCUGCAGGAGCGGCGCCUGAGCCUGCUGCAGACAGAGCUGGAGGAGGUGCGCUCGGCCCUGGAGGGCAGUGAGCGUUCACGCAAGCUGCUGGAGCAGGAGGUGGUGGAGAUCACCGAGCGGCACAACGAGAUCAAUAUCCAGAACCAGAGCCUCCUUGUGGUCAAACGCAAGCUAGAAUCAGAUGUCCAGCGCAUCUCCAACGAGCACGAGGAGCUCAUCAGUGAGUUCCGCUCAGCGGACGAGAGGGCCAAGAAGGCCAUGACGGAUGCUGCCCGCAUGGCAGAAGAACUCCGGCAAGAGCAGGACCACUGCAUGCACCUGGAGAAGAUCAAGAAGAACUAUGAGGUCACCAUCAAAGACCUGCAGGCCAAGAUGGAGGAGGCAGAGCAGCUGGCUCUGAAAGGCGGGAAGCGUACAAUCAUGAAGCUGGAGGCCAGGAUCAAGGAACUAGAGACAGAGCUGGAUGGGGAGCAGAAACAGCAUGUGGAGACGGUCAAGACGCUGCGUAAGAACGAGCGUCGCCUCAAAGAGCUGGUCUUCCAGACAGAGGAGGACCACAAGACCAACCAGCGCAUGCAAGAGCUGGUGGAGAAGCUACAGAACAAGCUGAAGGUCUACAAGAGGCAGAUCGAGGAGGCGGAGGACCAGGCCAACCAGACCCUGGCUCGAUAUAGGAAGACGGUGCAUGAGCUGGAUGAUGCCGAGGAGCGGGCCGGCAUAGCAGAGACCGCCCUAAACAAGCUGCGCACCAGACACCGCGUGGCCGGCAAGGGCAUCACCUCCGUGGAGAUCAUCCAGGUGUCCAAGACAGGCACCUCAAAAACCCUUUCUGAGGAGUGAGGCCCUCCGUUUCCUAGGCCACAGCCGGUAGGUGUGUACUCCACUCUGGAUGACCUCACUCAGAGCGCUCGUUGCCUGCACCAGCUCUGCUCCUAGUAGUGGUACUAUGUGACUCAGCUGUAGUCCCCCUGCUCCCCAGCUCCAGUCUUUGUCAUACCCAGUCUCAUGCAACAGCAACCCCAAAGCUCUUCCCCUGCCUCUUCAGCUGCAAAACUCCUCUAGAUUCUCACAGCCCUCAGGUGGGGUGCUGUUCACCUGUAUCACAGGUGCUGGUCGACCUGAUGUUCCCCCAAAUGCAUGGAAGGGCAGUUUCCACAUGUGAUGCCACUUGACACUACCCCUGGAACCUAGGUGCUUAGUACCAGUCACAGGGACAUCCACAAGUUUAUGGCAAUGUAUGUUCGUCUUUUGCAUCCCCCACAAUAUCAUUCUUCACUGGAGAUUUCAUCAAUCCUGGUUGAAUUCAGGCCUCUAACACUAAGAAAAUGAUAAUUAUCAUCAUAGCUACCAUUCCUUGAGCACUGAGUGCAGGUGGGAUUUUAGGGUAACAAUUUAAAAUAGUCCUUAUUCCCCUUAAUUCAGAACUAACCAAGGACAAAAAAUGUUGGUGAUAUCAUAUAUAAAAGUUAAAAUAGGCUGGGCACAGUAGCUUGUGCCUGUCUAUCUUAGU